GCAACAAAAAACAACACAAAGCAAGCCGCGCAAAAGCAAAAGGGAACAAAUUAAAGGCGCAAAAGCAACUCCAUCCACCGGGCGCCUUUUGCUUCUAUCUCAUCUAUUUAUCUAUCUCCGGCUCCCAAUUCCCAUUUUGCCUUUCUCUUCCUUCCACUCCAAAUCCCAGAUAACACGUUUAAAAGGCGCCAACCGGAGAGGGAAAUCGCCCAACUUCCAGCUCGCUAGCUGGAGAAGAAGACAAACAAGGAGGAGAUAAGAGCCGUGACUGCCUUCAUUUUCCCCCUCGUCAUGGUCUCUGCAUGAGAAACAGAGCAAGAAGAAAGGAACAGGGGAAAGGCAGGGGAGAGAGAUUUCGUUCUUCUGGUGGGUUCCUCGCCAUUGCUGGAGUCGAGUCACUUUGUUCUUCAUUCUGGGUUCUCUUCCUCUCCGCCGUGGGGGAACAGGGUUAUUUCAUUUCACCAGUAGUGGUGGUGGUGAGUAGUGACAGGCACACCAUCUCCAGAGUAAUCAUGGCUCCCAACUCCAGAAUCCCAUGAAUGAAGGUCUCCCUAUUCGUUCUAAUUUAAUUUAAUUUAUUUUGUUUUUAUUUUUCUUGUCCUUAUCUCUCAGCUUCUCCUUCCUCCUUUAUAUAUUCCGGAUAUAAAAUUCCAAAUAUGUUCGAAAAUUCAACUACAAGUUGGAUCUUUUUUUCCUUUCUUUUGGGCGCCGUUCAGGAAGUUCUUUCUUCUUCACCACCCCCUUUUUGACAGGAAGAAUUAGACGUUAUUUCUAGGUAGGUCGCUUAGCUUUCAAUCGAAGCACGAUAGGGAAAAAAGGCGAAAGAAGUUUGGUUGCAUUCAGGUUUAUGUUAGGUAUACCGUAGAAUGACGGCUCUCUCUCACACAAUGAUUCUUCUUCUUCUUCUUCUUCCAUUGUUCAGAUUUAAACGCCAUUGCCAUUGUCAAGGUUCAGAGUAAACAGAAGAGAUUGAAGACAAUGGCGGCGAGAAAGAUUUGAAAUUGAAAUGUGGGUUUUGUUUCUCUUUACCGUUGCUGCGGUGGGCCUGGUCUGAAAACUCCCGCCGGGAAAGUGAAAUGGAGUCUGCCGCCGGCGUCGUUGUCCCCGCCGGCGGAAGUGGGAGCGCGAGCAGUAGAAUUGAGAGGAACAAUGCGGUUUUGAAGGACCCGUCGUGGUUCGGUCAGUUCAGAAACGGGUCGAACCCAUGGAUGGCUAGAUAUGUCUACGCCCUCAUUUUUCUUUCCGCCAAUCUCCUCGCUUGGGCUGCUCGUGAUUAUGGCCAUUCCGCUUUGACCGAGAUGGAAAGGCUGAAAGUCUGUGAUGGGAAAUCGGACUGUUUGGGAGUUGAGGGGGUUUUGAGGGUGAGCUUGGGUUGUUUCGUCUUCUUCAUUCUCAUGUUCCUUUUGACCUUGGGGACUUCCAAACUGCAAGAUCCGAGGGACGCGUGGCAUUCUGGGUGGUGGUCGGCGAAAAUUGCUAUCUGGGUUGGAGUCACUCUGCUGGCCUUCCUUCUUCCUUCCACCAUGGUCAGGAUCUACGGGGAGAUUGCCCAUUUUGGUGCAGGGGUGUUUCUACUGAUUCAGCUAGUGAGUGUGAUAAGCUUCAUUACAUGGAUCAACGAUCGGUGCCUAUCUGAGAAAAACGCAGAAAGAUGCCAUAUCCAUGUAAUGGUGGUGGCGACGGGUUCUUAUGUAAUCAGCCUGGUGGGGAUAAUCAUGAUGUACAUUUGGUACACUCCAGACCCAUCUUGCCUACUCAACAUAUUCUUCAUCACUUGGUCCCUAGUGCUUCUGCAACUCAUGACCAGUGUCUCUCUUCACCCUAAAAUAAAUGCCGGGUUCCUGGCACCUGGACUCAUGGGGCUGUAUGUUGUGUUCCUUUGCUGGUGUGCCAUCAGAAGGCAAGCCCAACAAACAUCAUUUGAGCCGGCAGGGGAGAUUUGUAACAGGAAGGCAGAGGCUUCCAAGAGAACAGAUUGGCUCACCAUCAUAAGCUUUGUCAUUGGACUGUUGGCGAUCGUCAUAGCCACAUUUUCGACUGGAAUCGACUCGCAGUGCUUCCAGAAAAGCGAGACGCAAGGUAGUGGGGAAAAUGAAGAAGAUGAAGUGCCGUACGGGUAUGGAUUCUUCCACUUCGUGUUCGCGACGGGAGCCAUGUACUUUGCCAUGCUGUUGAUUGGCUGGAACACCCACCACGCCAUUAAAAAGUGGACGAUUGAUGUGGGGUGGACCAGUGCGUGGGUGAGAAUAGUGAACGAAUGGCUGGCCGUUUGUGUAUAUGUAUGGAUGUUGGUUGCACCGAUAAUACUGAAGAGCAGAAGGGCAGGGGGAUCACCGCCGGUUUAGGGAAAGGGACAAACAAUCAGAAGACGACGGUUUUUUUGCUAGUUUUUGGGCUGUGGCUUUCAUUCAUCCCCACCUGGUGGAAAGAAACAAAAGAGCAUAAUGGAGCCAAACAGGGAAGGUGGACAUCACCAACAGUUUAGGUUUACACGAUGAUGGUCGACAAGGUGGACAAAUUGGGGGGAAAGGGUGGAAAUGAGAUUUGACAUUCAUUUGUUUGUGGGAGAUGGAAAAUGUGGAGAUGGGGGAAUUGGAUCCCUGUAAAUAAUAGCAAAAUGAAUAGAGUCGUCUCAUUUUGGAAAAGUGUGUAUUCAUGGAUGGGGAUGGAUUCUGAAAUCAAUGGUUGGAAUGAAAUACAUCAAAGGUUAACUUUCUUGUUUAGUUGAAUUGUUCCAUUGUCAAAAAUUUCCGGCAACUUCCCAUUUCCUAGCUGAUGUCAUUUGGGCAUUUGGAACAUUUUCCAUGGUUGAAAAGCCUAGGAAGAAAGGGAAUGUAGGUUCCCUCUUUUGCUAGGUCAAGAAAAGAA